AUGUCCGCCAUCCGUGCCUUCGCGACUCGUCGCGCUCCCUUUGCCUUUGCUCAGCGUGCCGCUUUCUCCCAGUCAAUAGCCCGCACCGCUGGCAAGGAGUCGGCUCUCCACUCUGAGAACCGCGCCGAGGAGGUCGAGAAGAAGAAGCAGGAGCAGCUCAACAAGAAAAAGGACGGCAAGCAACACUGGGAGGAGCAGCUUGCCAGUGACAGCGAGAGCGCUGUCAAGGCGGAUCGUUCCGAGACUGGCAAGGACACCAAGCAGCAAAUCAAGGAGCUGCAGGAGGAGACCAAGAAGGUCGGCCAGUAA